AUGGGAGCCUCUAAGCCAGUAGCACUUGUUAUCGGUGCUUCCAGGGGAAUUGGAAGACAGAUCGCGAUCGACCUCGCAAAAGAAGGAUAUGCCGUUGUCGUUGCGGCCAAAACAACGUCCGAUGCCUCCAAGACUGUGCCAUUUCCGCCGGACCCAAACUCACCCCAAUCUACGAUCAACACAGUUGCUCGGGAGAUAAAUGAGCUAGGGGGUGAAGCAGUUGCACUGCCAGUUGAUACCCGCAAUGUUGAGGUUGUCAAGGAAUUAGUUAGAAAGACUGCCGAAGAGCUAUAUGGAAGGCUAGACGUCCUAGUUUAUAACUCCGGUGCAAUAUGGUGGUCUUCAAUUGGGAACACGCCUGUCAAACGCUUUAUGCUUAUGCAACAAGUUAAUCCUCAAGGGUUAUAUGCUAGUGUUCAUGCAUCCCUUCCUUAUUUUGAGAAGAAUGGCUGGAAAGGUAGAAUCAUAGUUGUCUCUCCGCCGAUAUAUUCCCGAUUCUUCAGGGGAAAGACUGCCUACGCUAUGGGCAAGGUUGGAAUGAGUGUCCUGACAAAGGGCCUCGCUAUGGAUUUCAUUCGGCAAAAGAGGGAUGGUAUGGCAAUUACAAGCAUUUGGCCGGCUGUUUCAAUUGAAUCUGCUGCAACACAGCAAUCGACUAAUAUGGAUCCUUCGUUUUUGAAAGAUCUUCGAAAGCCGACAAUAUUUUCUGAUGCCAUCCUCGCCAUACUAAAAUCGCCACCUUCUGUCGUUAAUGGACUUCUGGCCUUAGAUGAGGACUUUUUACGUGAGCACGGCGGUGUCACCGAUUUUAGCCCCUAUUCGGUUGUCCCAGGUGCUAGUCCGCGGCGCAUCAUGCCUCAAAGUCUCCCCGUUCUAGAAGUUGCGGAACAAGAUGACGAAGGGAAGAGAAUGGAUUCUACAGUGUUAAGAAGCAAGGGUAAGGCCAGAUCAAAGAUAUAA